UCAUCUCGGGCUUCGUGUUUUAGAUAUCAGGAUGUUCGACACCUGAACGAGUCAACACAGAACCAAACAGCAACGACAUUUCGCAUACGGGCCUCAAUGCGCUAGCUAGCGCAUGAGGGUUACUAACAUGGCGAUGGCACCCUCUCCGACACCACUCGCAUCGAAUUACAGCAACAGUCUCCGCCGACGACCCUCAUCGCAGCACAUGUCCCGCUCAACGCUCUCACGAUCCCUCUCCCGGAGAACUUCGCCUGCGACCGGAUAUGCUCCGACAUCCAUAUCGAGGCAAUUCAGUUCCGGCGACAGCUCGGAUGAUGAGGUUCCGGAACCGAAGUUCAGCGCCUCUGUUAAGGCCUUGUUAGAGGAAGACGACAUGCGCCUGGAUGCUUCCCCUCGUCGGAACGAGAAGGGCAGAGAGUUCUUCAACGAUAGUCGUCCGUCCGUAUCGACAACAUCUCGACUGGAGAGGGAAUCUCGAACUGCCUCCCCUCAUGAGCAUUCAACGGGUAGUCCUGCUCCUCGAGUAGUCCGUGUCGCUUCUGGCCCCCGAGCUUCGCAGAGACGGGAAAGUUCCCUCCUGCAACAUGAGAGCGGGGAAAUCGACCGGAGAGACUAUGGAAAUGAUCUCAUUACUCCAGCUCCACGGACUCGCAGUGUUCGCAUAACUGGGUCCCGAAGCCACACCCGGUCACCUACGUCCAACUCUCCGUCAUAUAGAAAGUCAGCGGAGAAAGAAGUAGGUGAAGAUCACAAAAGCACGGACUAUGCGAUUGAAGAGCGAAAAUUGCGUUUCGACGAAGAACCAGCGCCUCGUAUUGGUACUUCUAGUAUUCUUCGUACGCGGAAUGGCGAUGAGUUUGGCAUCCACAGCUCGUUACGAGUCAAGCGAGUGGGAAGGCUUACUGGUUCUUUCUUGAAUGGCCCUGCGAGGCGAGGAGUGCUGCGAAGGCAAAGCGAGGAGAACAAUGAGUCGGAGCCAACAGUAGACGACAGACGCAGCCCUGACGGGGGACGAAGAGACUCAAACCACAGUGCGAGCGACAACGUCGCAGAGUUACAAAGCAAGCCCCGUAAAAGUCCAUCACCGAAGCUAUCCUGGGUUGAUCCCACCCCGCAGCCAGCAGUCGACGAUUCGAACCCUGCACAAACCGGGAACGGCGAAGGCCCCUUCUCGAGGCCUUCUUCGCCCAAAUCCUAUGGAUCUCGCUCGAAAUCAACCCCAGGAACAGGCUCUGAGACAUCCUCCAAAAUGUCAAGCGCGAAAGAGCAACCGAUAUUCAGAGUGCCCCCUCCAACUCUACCUUCAACAGACGACCAGGAGAACGACCCGCCGCCGACGUUUAAGCGGGUGAAGUCGCAAGGUUUUAGCUUGCUGGACAAACCUGAGAAGUUCUCCGUUAUAUAUGACGAGGACCAAAAGCAUGUUGAAAAGACGCCCGCGACUGUUUCACCUAGAAAGGCGCUGACUUCUCGAAGCAACAAUACCCCCCACCGACCUGCUCCCCCGCCGCCAAAAAUGUCCGUCCUCGAGACUGCAACAGCCACUGGCGGAGCUGCAACUGCCUCCCAGUCUAGAAAGAAGCGUAGUCAGGUAUCAAUUAACCACAAGCCGUUCACUCGCAUGGACUGCAUCGGCCGUGGUGGAAGCUCCAGGGUCUACCGUGUGAUGGCAGAAAACUACAAGAUAUUUGCUCUCAAGAGAGUGAAUAUCGAGGACGUCGAUCCGGUAACCCUCUCCGGCUAUAAAGGAGAGAUUGACCUUUUGAAGAAGCUCGAAAAUGUGGACCGUGUGGUCCGACUAUUUGACUGGGAGCUAAACUCGGAUAAGCAUACAUUGAGUGUCCUGAUGGAGAUUGGCGAGUCAGACUUGGAAAAGAUUCUCACAUAUCGGCUGAAUGCUGAGGAUGCGGUCUUGGACAUCAGCUUCACUCGAUACUACUGGAAGGAGAUGCUUGAGUGCGUCCAGGCAGUGCACAACUUCAAUGUGGUUCACUCAGACCUGAAACCUGCGAACUUUCUCCUUGUCCAGGGGAGACUGAAGUUGAUCGAUUUUGGAAUCGCAAAUGCCAUCCAGGACGACACUGUCAAUGUCCAUCGUGAACAACAAGUGGGGACGCCCAAUUACAUGUCCCCAGAAGCUCUAAUCGACUCCAACGCUGCCAACGGUCUGCCGGCAAGUGUUGGUAAGAUGAUGAAGCUGGGUAAACCUAGCGACGUCUGGAGUCUUGGUUGUAUUCUGUACAAGAUGGUGUACGGGCAACCGCCCUUCGCACGGAUAGCCAAAUAUUAUGAACGAAUCAUGGCGAUUCCGAACCCGAAAGUGCAAAUCGAAUUCCCGGCGUAUGGCGUAGGAGCUGUGCCGGUUCCCCCGGGACUCAUCCGGACAAUGAAGCGGUGUCUGCAGCGUGACCAGACUCUACGCCCUACGGUGGAAGAACUCCUCAGCCAGAGGGAUCCCUUUCUUUACCCCGAGGCUCAGCUUGAAGGCACAGUUCCUGUGAGCCAAGAGAUGCUCAGUCGAAUAUUGACCAACGUUGUUCACCACUGUCGUGCACGCGGUGUGCCAACAGAUGAGGAACUGGCUGCUUGGCCAGCUGGGUUCUAUGCUAAGAUCAAAGCUGCCCUGGAAGAUGAACACGCUCAUUAAAGUCUUACGAACGAGUUUCCUUUGUUAUUAUUACAUUUUUGGAGUUUUGGCAACUUACCCACCGUUUAAUACCUGGGUCAUUGGCAACGAUCGGUUUUCGAUACACAUAUGUUCUUUGGUUUCCUCGUCCCAUGACGUUUUCUGGGACCCAUUUCAGGAUGGAGUUCGGUAGGCUCUGCCUUUCUGCCGCGUUCAAGCAUUAUACGA